AUGGACACGCAGCUGGUGCUUCCCGGGCAAGUGCGGCUCGCUCCCGAAAGUGCCCCCCGGGCCGCGGAGACAAGUUCGCGCGAACGUCAGGAGAGGAUGUCUGGCAUGAGGCUGCCGAUUCCCAGGAUCAGUGAGGAGUCGUUGCAGGAAAGGCUCAGAAGCCUGGAGAUAGAGUGCCAACAACUCCGGGACAGUAACUCCCGGCUGGAGCUGGAGAACUCCAGGCUGAAGUUGCAAGUGAGCUCUUCACAGGCAACUUCGGAGCAACCUGGAUCAACAAGCCGGCUGAAGGGCUCGAUCUCCGUGGCAGAGACGCACCAUCAAGUCCUGCGAACGCGCAUGCGAGCGAUGCUGGAGGAGCAAAAGCUGUUGGUAGAUGAGCUCCAACGUGAGAUAGCCGAGGAAAUGAAUCAACUCCAGGUUCGACCCAUCAAACCAGACAACCAGCCGAUUGGCAUCAACAGCUGUUCAUCCAGAAGCGGCUUUGGCGAGUGGCCCUCCGCGCACACCGCACCACGAGACCUCAAAGAUCUCCGAGAAGCUGCAGCACCAGAGGAGGACCCGCUUGGGUCUUGGCCCACUCGAUCCCAGCCUUGGCCGUCGUCGAGAGUGUCGGAAAGUGCAUUGCCAACGCGAGCGAGCAAUAACGGCAGCUACCUACAGUCUGUACCCGACGAGUUAAAUGCGCCCUGUGAAGUGGCACCACCACCAGAGGUCGAUUCGCCAGUGCCCGCCCGGAAGCCUGCAGUCGCCAUGCCAACGAGCAGAACGGUUGACCGCGGCGGCAGCAGACCUUUCGAUGCACACUCUGCGCCAGACGAGUUGCGCUUGCCCUGGGAAGUGGCAGCACCGCCGGAGGAGGGGCCGCCCUCGGCAGCAAGCUUCGCCUCGAGCGCCCGGCUGCAGAGAGGCGGAGCUGCCAUGCCGGAAGAGCCGAACGCGCCCAGCGAAGCGGCGUCCGAAGAUGAUGCCCCGCGUUCGCUGGACUCCCAGAAGAGGGCCUGCUCAGUCUGCCAAGCGUGCCUUACAAAUCCUUGA